CAUUUCACCAUUGAGACAACUGUGUGUAACUCCCCUAUCUUGAUACUUAGCUUCCACACUCCCAUUCUCUCCUUCACCAUUCUUACGCGAUCUCUUCUAAGCUUUCUCCAACUCAACUUCUUCAGCAACUUCCUAUCUCUCUCUGUCUCAGUAAAAUCUCAGAGCGGGACAGAGAGAGUAAUACUUCUAGGGUUUCGUUUGAGCUAAUCCUGAGUUGAUUCAUAGGCCAAAUCUGAAGGGAGCUGUUUGUAUGCUCGCGAUGCGACAACUAAACAGUUAAAAGCACCGGGAAAUAUGCCUUCAUGGUGGGGAAAGUCAACUUCGAAGGAAGCAAAGAAGAAAGUGACCAAAGAAAGUUUUAUUGAUACAUUGCAUCGCAAAUUUAAAAGUCCAAGUGAAGCUAAGUCUCCAAGUAAAUCAGGAGGAUCUCGAAGACAUAGCAGUGACAUUGCUUUUGAGAAGGGUUCUCAGUCCCAAGCACAGUCAAGGUCGUCAUCACCUUCCAAGCAUGUCUUGAGAUGUCAAAGCUUUGCUGAAAGUGCUCUAGCCCAGCCACUUCCACUUCCAGGUCUGCCAACAGCAAGCGUAAUCCGGACAGACUCUGGACUCAGUCAAUCAGCAAGACCCAGAACAGAGAAGGGCUCAAAGCCAUCCCUGUUUCUGCCUCUCUCAAAGCCUGCAUGCAUCAGGCACAGACUGGACCCUGCAGAUGCCGAUGGAGAGCUUGUUUUUGCAUCAGUUUCAAGUGAGUGCUCUAUUGAGAGUGAUGAUCCGAGUGAUUCACGUCAACGUAGUCCACUAGCAUCUGAUUUUGAAACUGGCAACCGGGCUGCCUUGGGUAGCCCUUACAGUUUGCCUGUUAAGGAUCAGUCUGCUGUUGGACAAAUAAGCACAAAAGACACAACUGAACCAGUUAAUCUUUCUCCCAGUAGACGUGUCUCCUCUCGAUCUCCUAAGAGACGACCACUAAAUAGCCACUUGCCCAGUAUACAGAUCCCUUCUCAUGGUGGCCUCUUCAGUGCUCCUGUUAGUUCUAUAUCAAGUCCUUCUAGAAGCCCAAUGAGAGCUGCUGGCUGCGAGCAAAUUACUAGUUCUACUUUGUGGGCAGGAAAGACUUAUCCGGAUCUUCCUUUACUUGGAUCUGGCCAUUGUUCAAGCCCAGGGUCUGGUCAGAAUUCUGGACAUAAUUCCAUGGGAGGAGAUAUGGCAGCGCAACUGUUUUGGCAGCCUAGUAGAGGGAGCCCAGAGUACUCUCCAAUUCCUAGUCCCAGGAUGACAAGUCCUGGACCUAGCUCAAGAAUUCACAGUGGCGCUGUCACACCAAUUCAUCCUAGGGCUGGAGGUGGAGCAUCUGAACUGCAGACUAGUUGGCUUGAUGAUGCAAAAUCAGAAAGUCAUCCUUUGCCCCGUCCUCCUAUAACAAUUUCCAACACUUCACCCUUUUCUCAUUCCAAUUCAGUUGCAACAUCUCCCUCAGUGCCACGAAGCCCUGGCAGAGCAGAUAAUCUUUCUAGCCCUGGAUCUCGCUGGAAAAAGGGGAAGUUGCUUGGUAGAGGCACAUUUGGACACGUUUAUGUUGGUUUUAAUAGUGAUAGUGGAGAAAUGUGUGCAAUGAAGGAGGUGACCCUAUUUUCGGAUGACUCAAAGUCAAAGGAAAGUGCAAAGCAGUUGGCACAGGAGGUUGCGUUGUUGAGCCGAUUAAGACAUCCAAAUAUUGUCCAGUAUUAUGGGUCAGAGAUGGUUCCUGAUAAACUUCAUAUCUACUUGGAAUAUGUCUCUGGUGGGUCCAUUUACAAGCUUUUACAAGAAUAUGGUCCAUUUGGAGAAACAGCAAUCCGUAGUUACACUCAGCAAAUUCUAUCGGGGCUUGCAUAUUUACAUGCUAAAAGCACUGUGCAUAGAGAUAUUAAAGGGGCAAAUAUUCUUGUUGAUCCAAAUGGGCGCAUAAAGUUGGCAGACUUUGGAAUGGCGAAGCAUAUCACAGGGCAAUCUUGUCCAUUAUCAUUCAAAGGAAGUCCUUACUGGAUGGCCCCCGAGGUAAUAAAGAACUCCAGUGGCUGCAACCUUGCUGUUGAUAUAUGGAGUCUUGGAUGCACUGUCUUAGAAAUGGCUACAUCAAAGCCUCCUUGGAGCCAGUAUGAAGGAGUUGCUGCCAUGUUUAAGAUUGGGAACAGUAAAGAACUCCCAGCAAUCCCGGAACACCUUUCAGACGAGGGAAAAGAUUUUGUGAGGAAGUGUUUACAGCGUGAGCCACGAAGUCGUCCUACUGCUGCUGAGCUAUUGGAGCAUCCUUUUGUUAAAGAUGCUGCCCCUCUGGAAAAGCCAAAUAUAUUUCCUGCAUCUUUCAAUCCUCCUUGUGCAGCUGCAAAUGGGGUAAAACUUCUGGGCAUUGGAUCUGCAAGAAAUUAUCCUACGUUGGAAUCAGAAAAGCUUGGAAUCCACUCAUCUAGAGCAUCAAGAUCUAAUUUUCACUGCAGGGACAUCCACAUUCCGAAAAACAUAUCUUGCCCUGUCUCCCCAAUUGGUAGCCCUCUUUUACAUCCAAGGUCACCUCAAAACCUAAACGGGAGGAUGUCUCCCUCGCCUAUAUCAAGCCCUCUCAAUACAUCUGGCUCAUCAACACCAAUCUCUGGAGGUAAUGGUGCUAUCCCAUUUCGUCACAUGAAUCAGUCAGUUUACUUGCAAGAGGCCAGAACAGUUCCAAGUAGUCCCUAUAUGAACGGUCCUUCUUACUGGGAUCCUGAUGCUUUACGAGCGACGCCAUUAGGAUCUCGUGCUUUCCAAGAAUUGGCAUCCUUCGAGGAUGAUGCUCCGGGAAAGCAGUUUGGGAGGCCUGCCACUGGAGAACUUUGCAAUGCGCAAUCAGCCUUGGCCAAUCGGGUGUCCCAGCAACUUUUGAGGGAUCAUGUGAAAUUGAUUUAUUCAGUAGAUCUCAAUCCUUGCCCUCCCUUGUCAAGUCGCACGGGUGGAACAUGAUAUGUAUUUUCGGACAUAUUAAUGGAGAACUUCAAAGUUUCAGUGUUACUGGGUUUUCUGAGUAAAUCUGCUAUAUCUUGGCAUGUUUGAAGGAAGCUGUUUUGCACAAUAACGAUUUCCUAAGAGGAGAAACUAGGAAAUGCAGUGGCAGAACUUCAUUAUCUAUUGUCAGAUUGAUCAACCUGAUUUCCCCCACAUGCUCUUUGAGUCUAGUGUUCCAAUGAUGAAGCACUUCCCAAUGAGAAUAUGUUGACCCUGUCACCAAUAUCAUUUCUCGGCAUAUAGGGUCUUGUCCAAAGAUGUAUGCCUGAUUAGACUUAACAUGAGCCACAGAACUAAUGAUUCAUUUGCUUUUUGAGGUUGGCUUCCAGUUAUUCAAUGUACAGCUGAUCCUUCAUCAAGACAUUAAUGGCACCAAACUUGUAUAUUUAUGCUGUCCCAUAGAAGAUAGAAAAGAGUAAGCCUGGAACUGAAGCAGGUAGAGUCCUUUUUCUUUUUGCCUUUCCCCUUUCCGAGGGGGGUUCUUGUACAGCAAGCAAACAAUGUAUUGGAAUAUUCCAGGUACUGUUGAUUGAACAAUCAAAGGAAGAUAUUUGCUUUCUGUAGCUUCAA